AAUAUUUUUAAACGGUUGUCAAACAACAAGUUUUUUUGGAAAGCGCCACAGUUAAUAAUUGAUCUUCGCAGCAAAAUGUUUCUUGUGUCCACGGCAAAAACCACAAUUCUAACAGACUUCAACGAUUUGGAGACAAAAUCUACUUAUCAGCACUCAAAUGGCGAGACAACAGAUUUUCAAUUUUAUGCCCAGCAAAGAAUUUUUGUCGAGGUUAAUAAAAAGUCGGGGUUGGAAAUAAUGCGAGUCAAAGAAAAGGAUAAGGGACAAACUAUGAACUUGCAAAGAGUAAGGAAAUUGACCAUCGACAAUGUUUAUUGUGUAGCCUGUGCCAAGCAAUCAUUGGAGGAGAUGGCUGUAGGCUUGUCCAAUGGUCAUGUUAAAUUGUAUAACUAUACAAAAUCGGAAUUUGUUCAUAAGUUUAAUGCUGAUUCAAAUCGUAAUUCCGUUCUAUAUCUGGAUUACAAUGCGUCUGAUGAAUACAUUGCUUCAGUAUUCGAAAAUGGAUCCAUCAAUAUAUAUGGUCAUAGAACAAAAACCAAAAUUGAUACCUUUAACAUCGAUAGCAACUCUACUUUAGCUCGUUUCCAUCCGACCAAACGUUUCCAAUUAUCGAUUGCUUCAUACAAGGGCGCUGUAACUAUAUAUGAUGUUCACACAAAACGUAAAGUAUUUCAUGCCGCUGAUGCUCAUGGUGCCCAAUGUCGUGAUUUGUGUAUGUCUGCUGCCAAUCCUGAUACGCUUAUAAGUGUCGGUUACGAUUGCACCAUUAACAUAUUUGAUACUCGUCGUAAAGUGAAACCAGUGCAAAUCGCUUACUGUCAUCCUCUGUCCACAGUGGCUGCAAGUGAAUGUGGAAAUUUCAUAUGUGUGGGCAAUUUGAAGGGUGAGCUGACCACUUACGAUUUAAGAAAUACCAAAAUGUUCUUGGCCUCUAAAAAGAUUCAUGAUGUGGGAGUGACAAGGGUAGCCUUUGUACCCUUGCCCAAUGAAAGCUCAGCGCAAAGCUUCUCGAGCACGGGUGUGGCUGAAACUUCAGCCAUUACAUCGAGUGGGGGUGGUGGAGCGAACAAAUCCAUUUCUCAGCCAGUGGCAGAAACUGCACGCUCCCACCGAGAUUCGUUUUGUGAUUUUCUGGAUUUUCAUGCCAACAGGGGUCAAGAGAAAAUGUCUCCACGUUUUGUGCCGCGUCGUGAUAGUUUCGAUUGGGAAGCAUUAUCACGUAAACCCACUUCUGAUGAUAGUCGUCUUUCCCUAAUUGGCAAGGGAAACAGUGCGGCAGGCCUUAAUGCUUCGGCUAUUCCGAGUGAUUCUUUCGAUGCUCGUGUUAAUACAUCGGACUUUUUGAGAGUGCCCUUAAGAGAUCGCAGUAAAUCUCCCAUGUCGCCAAGGACAGCAGCCUGUAAACUUUCCCAAAUAAAAGAAGAAGAAAGAGGUUCCCAGGAAACCGCACAUGACUCCUCAGCAGACUCAUCGGAUAAGGAGAAUCCACAGAAACACAUAAAUUUUGCAACAACGCGUCUCAAAUCAAUGCCUGUCAAUUACAAUAGCACUCCCAAUCGUACAUCUGAUAAUCGCCCUUUAGUCACCUCCACAAUGGCUCCCGUCAACCGCAAGCUAGCAACAACAGCUGGUGGCAACAAUGCCAAUGAAUUGGGUGUACAACAGGCCAUUCAAGAAUUGCGAGCUGAGAUGUUAGAGCGCUUCAAACAACUGGAGUUCGAAAUGAAAUUACAGAGUGAAACCAACAAAUGGCAAAUAUUUACUCAAAAUUUCAAUCUAUGGAACCAGCGUUCUGAUCAAAUUGAGGAAAUACGUGACUGUCUGGGUGUACUGCUGCAGACAGACCCAUUUGUGAAUGAGUUUAUGCGCUUAAAGGAGGAAAAUGAAUUAUUGAGACAUCAAUUGCAGCAGUCCAAUGAAAAAGAAUAAAGGCUAAAGCGUAUGUAGGCUAAGCUUAGUAUUGUAUAGAACAUUUAAGAUAGUAAUUAGUUGAUUAUUUUGUUAAAUUACCCUAGUUGUUAUAAUUCUAAACCAUUUCAAAUAAAAUAUGUUUUUUACAUUUA